ACUAUCCAAUUUUCCAUAACAAAAUAAAUACCAAAAAAAUAUCAAGAACAAUUUCACGUGAAGCUCUUGUAACAAUUUCUAGGCUGAAAUUGUCACUACCCUCCAAGUCCUCUGAGCCAUCCAGUAAUUGUUCUACUAUUUCUUGCUUUUUGUUCCCAUUGGGAGAAAAAGAAAAAAACCAAGAACAGCCGUACAUAUUAGCUAGUGAUGCCAAUAAACUGGUUGAAUCUUGAGAAACCAAACCAAAAAUUUGAGCGAAAAAUAGCAAUGAAGAAGCAAGGUUGUGAGGUUGAAGCAAUAGGGAUUUCCUACAAAAUAUCCACCAAGAAAAGAGAGCACCCUUUUAAAAUCUUCACCAAAAAGCAAGAAAUAAAUGAAGAACCAAAGCAAGUGAUGGAUCUCGAAGAAGCAAGCCUUGGAGCCAAGCAUGUCUUGAAAGAUGUUUUUUGCAAAGCAAAGCCUUGGGAAAUCCUUGCCAUUGUUGGUCCAAGUGGAGCUGGGAAAUCAUCCUUGCUUGAAAUCCUAGCUGGGAAACUCACCCCACAAAAUGGUACCAUUUUUGUCAACCAACACCCUAUUGACAAAGCUCGGUUCAAGAAGAUUUCAGGCUAUGUCACACAAAAAGACACCCUCUUUCCCCUCCUUACAGUCGAAGAAACACUCAUGUUUAGUGCCAAGCUGCGUCUAAGGCUUCCUCAAGCUCAACUGAGCUCUAAUGUUAAGUCCCUGAUGAAGGAGUUAGGCCUGGAUCACGUAGCCAUGACUCGAGUUGGCGACGACAGGAUUCGUGGGAUAUCAGGCGGAGAAAGGCGUCGUGUGUCGAUAGGAGUUGAUGCCAUUCAUGAUCCUGAAGUGCUAAUUCUUGAUGAACCAACUUCUGGUCUUGAUAGCACUUCUGCUUUACAAAUUAUUGAUAUGCUCAAGGUCAUGGCAGAGACAAGAGGUCGAACCAUAAUACUGAGCAUUCAUCAACCCGGAUUUCGGAUUGUGAAGUUGUUCAACUCAAUACUUAUGAUGGCUAAUGGAUCAGUCUUGCAUCAUGGCACGGUGGAUCAGCUUGGUGUUAAUUUAAGGACAAUGGGAAUGCAUCUUCCUAUUCAUGUCAAUGUUGUUGAAUUUGCCAUUGAGUCCAUUGAAACCAUUCAACAGCAAAGAGAAGUCUUGCAGAAAGAAAUGCAACCCCAAGUGCUAACAUCAUCAUCAACAAAACCACAGAAGAAGAGAAUUGAAGAAGUUGGCGAGGGUAGAAGUGGCAAGUUCACUCUUCAACAGCUCUUUCAGCAAUCGAAAGUAGUUGAUGAGGAAAUUAUCAAUGUUGAGUUUGAUUUUCCUCUUGGUUUUGCUAAUUCAAGGUUGCAAGAAACUUUGAUCCUCACUCAUAGGUUCUCCAAGAACAUUUUCAGAACCAAGGAGCUUUUCGCAUGCCGGACAAUUCAAAUGCUGAUUUCUGGACUUGUUUUGGGCUCUAUCUUCUACAAAGUUGAAGAUGAUUUGAUUGGAGCAGAAGAAAGGGUAGGCCUAUUUGCUUUUAUAUUGACUUUCUUGUUAUCUUGCACAACAGAAGCUCUACCAAUCUUCUUGCAAGAAAGGGAGAUUCUUAUGAAGGAGACAUCUUGUGGGAGCUAUAGAGUCUCAUCAUAUGUCAUUGCCAAUGGACUAGUUUACUUGCCAUUUCUACUCAUCCUUGCCAUACUAUUCACAAUUCCACUAUAUUGGCUAGUGGGGCUCAAUCCAAAUUUCAUUGCAUUCAUGCAUUUCCUGUUGUUGAUUUGGUUGAUUCUCUACACAGCGAAUUCAGUUGUGGUGUGUUUCAGUGCUCUAGUGCCUAACUUCAUCGUUGGAAAUUCAGUUAUUUCAGGGGUGAUGGGGUCAUUCUUCUUGUUCUCCGGCUACUUCACAUCGAAGCAUGGAAUACCAAAUUAUUGGAUCUUCAUGCACUAUAUAUCGCUGUUUAAGUAUCCAUUUGAAGGGUUUCUGAUAAAUGAGUUCUCAAAUUCAGGCAAAUGCUUGGAAUACAUGUUUGGGAAAUGCAUGGUUAAUGCAGAAGAUUUGCUUAGAGAAGAAGGAUAUAGAGAGGAUGAAAAGUGGAGAAAUGUGGUGAUCAUGGUGUGUUUCAUCUUGCUUUACAGGUUCAUUUCUUAUGUCAUUCUUAGGUUUAGAUGUUGUCCUGGCAUCAGCAGUUUCAAGGGAACACUUGUCUGAUAUAUGAUUCUGCUGAAUCUCUUUAUCUCUCUCUCUCUCACGAUUGUGAACAAGAUAGUUCACAUGUUUUUGGAAUUUACUUAAGAUAGAAGCCAAAGAUUUAAUAUCAAAAUAAUAAAGAACUAAGCCCAAUACAUAUAAAUCAUGAGCCUUCUCUGUU